AUGUCGAUUGUGUCGCUGCUUGGUAUCAAGGUGCUUAACAAUCCCGCGAAUUUUUCGGAUCCGUAUGAGUUUGAAAUAACGUUUGAGUGUCUGGAGCCGUUGAAGCAUGAUUUGGAGUGGAAGUUGACAUACGUGGGGUCUUCGAGGUCGCUGGAGCACGACCAGGAGUUGGACUCGAUCCUGGUGGGGCCAGUGCCCGUUGGGGUGAAUAAGUUUGUCUUUACGGCGGAUCCGCCGUCAGCAGAGCUGAUCCCGGCGAGCGAGCUGGUCAGCGUGACGGUGAUCCUGCUCAGUUGCUCAUACGAUGGCAGAGAGUUUGUGAGAGUCGGCUACUAUGUGAACAACGAGUACGACAGCGAGGAGCUGAGGGAGAAUCCUCCGGCGAAGGUCCAGGUGCAGCAUGUGGUGAGGAACAUCCUGGCUGAGAAGCCUAGAGUAACGAGGUUCAACAUUGUGUGGGACAACGAGAACGAGGGCGAGAUGUAUCCUCCGGAGCAGCCCGGGGUCGACGACGAGGCAGACGAAGAGGACGACGAGGAAGAGGAGGAAGAGGAAGAGGAGGAGGAGGAGGAGGAAGAUGAUGACGAGGCUGAAGAAGAAGCUGAGGAGGAAGGCGAAGCUAGGGAGCUAGAGGCUCAGGAAGCUGAGGAAGAAGACGAAGAGGCUGCGGAGCAGGCGAUAGAUGCAGCAGAUCAGCAUGCCGGCGAGGACGAGGACCCUCCGGAGAUAAACGAGGAAGACGACGACUUGCCAUCGCUGAAGAAAAGAAAAAUCGAGGGCGAGGACGAGGCAGCAUCAACGCCUCAGGAUGUCUAA